CCACCACCACCACCAUGAGCGACUUCCUGGACCGAGAGAGCGAGGUUCUUGGCGAGGAGUUUGGCACACCGACUGGGGGAACCUACGCAACUGCUGGCGGCGACUUCGACUUCGACCGCGCUGCCUCUGCAUUCCCUGAAAUAUCUCUCGAUGGCACUGGGGACUUCUCUGUACCACCACCCGCUGCACCACUCUCCAGUAAUGCUGGAACGUUCUCGUUUGAUGAUUUCAGUAGCCCCCCGCCGCCGCGUACCACGGAGGUAAAGGUCACAGGGGACGACGAAAUCGAGAAGUUCGAGAGCGAGUUCCCGGAUAUCGAGGUUCCGCAGGCACCCGAGCCCCCAAGGCAGCAGCCUUCCUUCGGCCAGACCCCUACCUUCGCUCCGCAACCUGCAUACUCUUCGACACCUAUCUUGAACCAAGCAUUGGAGGAGGAGGAACCUGAAGUCAUCAAGCAAUGGCGCGAGAGGCAGGCUGCUGAGAUCAAGGCCCGCGACGAGGCUUCACAAGCAAAGAGGCAGGAAACCAUUGGCAAGGCGGAGCGCGCGAUCGACCAAUUCUACGAGGAGUACGCUGCGAAGAAGGAGCGCAACAUCCGAGAGAACAAGGAGCACGAAGAGCAGUUCCUCGCGGACAUGUCCGCCUCGCUCUCCCAGGGCACCACCUGGCAGCGCAUUUGCGACAUCAUAGAGCUGCAAAACUCCCAGAGCAAGACCAUCGCUCGCACUGGGCCCGGCGCGACUGAUUUGACGCGUUUCAGAGAGGUUUUGCUCCGGUUGAAGCGGGAGGGGGAUGCGGCGCCUGGUGCAGCCGGAUACUAGAUGCGAGGCACUCGAGUUUCGCGGAUGGUAGAUGUGAGUUGUAUAUCGGUUCUAGUAUCUCAUAUGCCCUUCAAUCGGAUGUUUCCACC